AUGCAAAAUAAGAGCAAACUUUAUCGGCUUUUUUUAAUAGGCACACCAUUUUCGUAUCCUUUGUAUUAUUUAUAUUUAAUGCUUCAAGAUUUGUCAAAUAACAGUCCUUCAAAUUGUUUAUUAAAUUACAGCAAUGUAUUUAAUACACUAUUCCCAAUUAUUUGUGUUAUUUUUACAUUAUUUUGCUAUUUAAUUAUUUUAUUGAAAGCAAUAUUUGGAAAGGAUCCGAUAGGUAAGUAA